CCAGGGGGGCAUGCAGCAGAGCUGGGGGGCAGGCGCCUGCCAGAACCAACACUAUAAAGGCAAAGAGGGGACGGCGCUCACAGAGGCUACAGAUCCUGUCUCACCUCCCAUAAGCCCCCGAAUAAAGAGAAGAUGCUGGGGCUCCCAGCGUGGCCCUGCUCACUUUUCCUCCUCCUAGUUCUGCUCUCUGCCAGCGUACAAGCGAUGUCCUCAUCAGGACAAAGGCUCCAGGUGCUCCUUUCCCAUCUGCUGCCCUCGGACUCCAAAUCCAUGCCGGCCGAGGAGGACAUGAAAGAGGGGUCCAGCUCUGAGCCACAGCUGCUCUCCCCACCACUGCCACUCCUUCUGUCCGGGGCCCGAGCUGCGCAUCCCCUGCUCUGGCGCAAGGCCCUCGCCAGUCGCAAGAGAGCACUCUCUGGAGACUGGGCCUGGAAGGCCGUGCCCCGGGGCUGCUUUGGGCUGAAAAUGGACCGCAUUGGGGCCUUCAGCGGGUUGGGCUGUUAGCCUGGAGAGACUGGAGGCAGAGACCAGGCGUGUGGAGAGCCGGCCCGGGACGAGACCCAGCUCGGGACAGGACGGGAUGGAGCAGGCAGCAGCGGGAGCCCCGAG